UAAAUACCGCUUUCGAGUUGGUAUUAGCGAUAGCAUACAAAUUAUUGAGGAGGGUAUAGUUGAUGAAAUUGAAUAUGAUUUAAAUUAGACGGGUACCUUAUUUUAUGAACUACGGAAGGAUGAAGGGUAGAGUUCAUCCCGAGGGAUGUGAUGUGAAUAUUUAAAAAAAUGUUCUAUCUCUAAAAAUGAGACUCGUCCGACAACUUACAAUCCGUGUGAACUCGAUUAAUAUAAAACAUCAACAAAAUGAAAAAAAAAUUAUUUCAACAUGUCGUAUAUAUAUUUCUAGAAAAGCUAUAAAUUUAGAAUAAACAUUUUCGGUCAUUACGUCAAAUUUGUCGUAAGUUAGUGCUACGUAACUAUAAUCCAGAAUAGAUGUUUAACUCGAGCUGACGGAUAUAACUUCCGCUGUCUCCUCACCACAUGAAAUUUCUCUUCACAUAACAUCCUCAAAAAUGGCUAUUCAAGGAGUAUUUAUUUCAGUGUCAGUGCUGUUUGUAUUGAUUGCUAUAAUCUUUAAUUCCUCUAUUCAUCGAAUUGAAGAAGGUCAUGUUGGUGUUUAUUACAGAGGAGGAGCCUUGUUGUGUGCUACAAGUAACCCAGGCUACCACUUCAUGUUACCUUUCAUUACUUCAUUCCGUUCUGUUCAGACAACCUUACAGACUGACGAAGUGAAGAAUGUUCCGUGUGGCACAAGUGGUGGUGUAAUGAUAUAUUUCGACCGCAUUGAGGUUGUUAACAAACUGGAUAUAGCAGCAGUUCAUGAUAUUGUUAAAAAUUACACAGCAGAUUAUGACAAAACCCUUAUUUAUAACAAAAUACAUCAUGAGCUUAAUCAGUUUUGCAGUGUCCAUAAUUUGCAAGAAGUUUAUAUUGAUUUGUUUGAUCAAAUUGAUGAAAACUUAAAGCGGGCUCUACAAGAAGACUUAGAUCAAUUGGCUGAGGGUCUCUUGGUUCAAGCUGUUCGAGUAACCAAGCCAAAAAUACCUGAAAGUAUUCGACGUAACUAUGAAGCAAUGGAAGCAGAAAAGACUAAACUUCUAAUUUUUCAAGCACGGCAAAAGGUAGUUGAAAAGGAGGCUGAAACAGAAAGAAAAAAAGCUGUUAUUGAGGCUGAAAAGUCUCAGAUGGUUGCAAAAAUUACCUGGGAGCAAAAAAUAAUGGAAAAAGAAUCAGAACAAAAAAUAGCUGCUAUAGAAUCUCUUACACAUUUAAAUAAAGAAAAACUUCUUGCAGAUGCAGAAUACUAUAAAGCAUUAAAAGAGGCUGAAGCAAAUGAGAGGAAAUUAACUGAUCGGUAUCUGGAACUCUUGAAAUACCAAGCAUUAUCGAAAAAUAGCAAAAUAUUUUUUGGCAAUAGUAUUCCAAACUAUUUUUCUGAAUUUCCAUCGUUCCAAAAUCGAGCUGAAGUGAAAACACCGACAACUAAAACAUCAUGAAAGUGUUCACAUAUCAAAUUCCAAAGUAGGAGAAUGCCUGCUAAGCUGACAAUUUAUUGAGAGAGAAUCCCUGCUCAAUCUAAGUUAUAAAAUCAAAGAAGAAGGAAAAAAAAAAGCAUUUUUUUUUUUGUACUUAACAUUUAUCAGAAUGAGUGGUUUGAAAAUGUGUUAGAAAACAAUGAUAAAAGUCUUUUAAUUAAAAGUUAUAUGGCUGUGGAUUUUGGAAAGAACAUCUUAAUGAAAGGAUAUUUUGUUUCUGUAAGAAAAUGUCUGAAAAGCAAGUCCUUGUUGAGUUCAGCUUUAGAACUCUGAGUGAUUGUCAGUACACUUGUUUAUCUUUCAUUUCUUCAGCAUUUCUCACUUUAAAACUUCUUUCCUUUUUUGCUUAUCAACAAAACUAACAUUUUGUCAUUCCUAACAUUUUGAAAUAACACUUAAUAAUGGGUUCUGAAUAUUAAUAUUUUUUUCUUUGUUACUCUUGGACUCUUUGUCUUCUAUGGUAUUGUUCAACCUGUGCUAUUGUAAUGUUUUAAUGUUUAUGUUCCUGAUAAAUUGAUUUUUUAAAAAAUACAUUAAAUGGUAUUUUGUGUUAAAUUUAAUAAUUUAUGCUGUGGAUUCUCCAUUUAAAUGAGGAAUAUUUGCAGGCUGGAAUGGUACUCUGUCAAUCUGAUGAGAAAACUCUCUUUUUCAAAUUGACAGAUGCCUACAUUGAAGCUAAAAUAUGUUCUACAAGUUGUCUACUAAAUAUGUUCAUCUUUUUAUAUUUUUCCUUCAGUUUCAUAAUUUCAAAUAAAAAAAAAACCAACAUUUCUAAAAA